AUGGUCAUAUUGGACGACUACCUCUCUGUGGCGCAACCGCAUUUCUCACAUAUAGCCCCAGCCGACAUUAAUAUCGACAUCUUCAGGUCGCACGUGCCCCAAAACACACUGGAAGAGAAAAGCGCACUUGCCGAGAAGCUUCGCCCGUACAACAUCAUAUCUGCAAUGCGCGAAAGAACACCCUUUCCAUCUGAGUUACUACGCAGCUUACCGAACCUGAAGCUGCUGCUAUGCACCGGGACCCAGUUUGAGACGUUUGACCUUGAAGCGGCCAAAGAGCUCGGCAUCACCGUUGCUGCGGCUCCGGGAAAGGGCCGCACCGACAGGCCCGAACCUGCGGGGAAGCCGCUUCCUACCGAUAUUAAACAGGGAGGCGGCCACCCAACGACGCAGCACACCUGGGCGCUCAUCCUCGCGCUCGCCAGAAAUGUGGCCUUUGACGAUGCCGUGGUCAAGUCGGGCGGCUGGCAGUCUGCCCUCGCGACAGGCCUCGCGGGGAAAACGCUCGGCGUCGUCGGUCUCGGGCGACUGGGUGUGGCUGUGGCGAGAAUCGGCGCGUUGGCUUUCGGUAUGCAGGUGGUGUGCUGGAGCGCCAACCUGGACCAGGACAAGGCGGACAAGGCUGCCGCCAGCCUUGGCCUGCCACUGGAGAAUGAAUUCGGCGAAAGAUCCUUUCGGGCGGUCAGUAAAGAGGAGCUGUUUCGGACUGCGGAUGUCGUCAGCUUGCACUAUGUUCUGAGCGAGCGAUCCCGCGGACUGGUCAAUGCAGAGGCACUGGCCCUCAUGAAGCCCAGCGCGCUGCUGGUCAACACCUCGCGCGGCGCUCUGAUUGACCAGGAUGCGCUGCUGAACGCGGCGCAUCAAGGUCAGAUUCGUGGCAUAGCCAUGGAUGUCUUUGAGCAGGAGCCGCUCCCGGAAAGACACCCCUGGCGCAUCGAGCAAUGGGGUGUGGCGGGUCGGUCCAAGGUGCUCACCACGCCUCACAUGGGUUAUGUAGAUGAUGGUCUCAUGAACAGGUGGUACGCGGAGACGGCAGAGAACUUGGAGCGGUGGCUGGCAGGCAAAGAGGUCCUUCAUCGCCUGGUGUAA